AUGAAAGAGAACACGCCACUGACUGCUCCUCUCGACGACCAUGGCUUCAGCCAUGCAAUUCGCGAAUUGAGGAAGUCCUCAUCCAUUCAUAUAACUGAUUCUGCAGAUGAGGGCUCGCUUCCUCCUGUUUUUAAGGUGUGGGUGGACAAUGCGAUGGAAAGUUUGCUCGAACAAGAAGAUACGGACAAGAAUUUGCAGAUUACCAUUCUUGACAAUGGGCCAAAGGUAGUCUCUUUGGGUACCUUUCUCUCCGACGGCGGCCGGACGCGGGAAAUCCGCGGCACAUAUCUGCUUGCGAAUUUACUUGAGGAGCUACAUUUGACCAAGGGCAGACUUGCAUCGAAAAUGAUCCACUUCCAUUGUGUCUCCAAAAAUCGUUACUUUGCAUGCCUUGGCCUCCUGGAGCUUGGAAGGCUUGAUCUUGUGCGAGAUAUUCUGUAUAACUUUAUAUUUCAAGUGAAACAUUAUGGUAAGAUUCCGAAUGCGAAUCGGUCAUAUUAUCUUUGCAGAUCGCAACCGCCGUUUCUCUCGGAUCUUGCAGUGCGAACUUUCAAAAGCAUUGACAACAAGGAAGAGGCUGCUGCAGUGUUACGGGCUGGGAUUCUAGCAGCCAUCAAAGAAUACUUCACCGUUUGGAUGUCAGAGCCGCGAUACGAUCCAACUACUGGACUCUCCCGGUUUAAGCCGCCUGGUAAGGGUAUCCCCUUGGAAGUCGAAGAAGGCCAUUUCGACGCGGUUCUAUACAGCUACGCGGAAAAAUAUGCUUGUACAAUUCCUGAGUUUAUUGACCAGUAUAACUUUGGGAAUGUGAAUGAACCUGAACUGGAUGAAUAUUUCAUGCAUGAUAGAGGGGUGCGAGAAUCGGGACACGAUACGUCCUAUCGAUUCGACCAAGGUUGCGCGGACCUUGCUACCGUGGACCUAAAUUGUCUCUUAUACAAGUACGAGAGUGACAUAGCUUGGGCCAUCAAAAAUGUUUUCAAUGACAAGCUCCCCAUCCCAGCCGAAUGGCGCACGCCAGAAACGCACUACUUACGAAUACGUAACAACCCUCUACCCGCUACUGGUGCGGCAUCGCCAGCCGCGAACAAGCCGACUCCCUCGGUUACUAGAGCACUACCCAAAUUCGAAUGCGUCGGCGGUCUCAGCAACCAGCUCGUCUAUCGCUGGCUGCAGCUCAUGGUUCGGGUCGCGGUGAAUUACCACGGGGCGAUUGUGGAGAAGUAUGAUGUGACACAGCUGGACAAUCCUAGCCAGGUCGAUGCGGAGUAUGGUAAUCAAGGGCUGGAUUUUAAAUAUGCGAAUGUUGAGGGGCAUCGGAAACUGAUGGUGAAAGCCCUGGGCCUCUGUGUCCCUUACGACGAUUUACGGAUGGAAAACGCCCAUAUUUGA